UUAUCUCAGCAGGCUCAGACCCUCAGAGGGCGUUUCGUGCCUUACCCUAUGGGGUAAGGCUUUUCGCACUAAACUCCUUUAAACUCCUGCACCAAUUAGAUGCCGUUAUUUCGAAAACCCUCUGAGGGUCUGAGUGCAAAUGGUCGCAGUUUGUUAGUGGAUGCAAGACCUCUAGUAUGAGCGUGCAUAUGUGACUUCUAGGUUAUAUCUUUUACAUUAUAUCAACGAUUUUCAGCUUCAAACUUUCAAAGCAGGAAGGAUACAUAUCUCUUCAUCGAUUGCAACAACAAUGGAACCACCUCCAUCUUCGCAGCCUUCACAACUUGCGAUUCCACCUCGUGCACUUCUUGGUCUUUUCAGCAGUCCAUUAACAAGUCCUAUAUCCGAAGACGAUGAUCAUGAUAUGCCCUAUGUCGAUGUCCCACCUGAUGGAGAUGAGGUUGAUGGGAUAAGGCAUAUAGAAGAACUUGGAGAGACAGAUACAAGAGAAAGGACUGGCCAACGCGUAAUGGCACACGAGGUGAUUGAGGAGGUACUUGCUGUACUUAGGCAGCAUCGUUGGUCCUUUCCGAAGUUUAUUAUGACAUGGGCUGGUGUGCAAGUCGACCAGCAGAUCAUAAUAAACAAUACACUCUAUCGCACUCCGGCUAUGCGGCGGCAUGCUCUUCGCAAGAUUAUCGACACCUUAAUCCUUCACGAGGCUUACCAUAACGCACAUCUCUCAAGUCUUGUUAUCUCGACUAUCUUAGCCGAAUUGGAUACGCUCAUCCAGAAUACUACAUACUUUGGGCAGUAUAACAGCGCGGCUACUGUUGAAGAGUUGGAUGAUAUUGAUUUUACUGAAGCCUUCCAUAUACUUCAGGUUAAUGCACCUACCUGGUAUAGCUUAUUUAAUCGACUAUUGCAGAACCAGCGUAGUCAUCGUAAAAGCUACACUGCUAUAUCAAAAGAGGCAGAAGUUCAAGCUAAGCGAUUAUACGUCAUUACCAGUAUUGUGUGUCAUAGCCGGGCAAAAAAGCAGUCAGACUAUCUUCAUGGUUGGCUAGAUAUAUAUCUGCAUGGUUCAGGUGUAAAACGGCGAGUGAUUGAGACAUUAGCUGGCUUUGGAUUAUGCCAUAGCUAUACACAGGUCAAUAGAAGGAUGAACGCACUUACUACUGUAGCCAAGGAUGAACUGCGAUCAUACGGUGAUAAUUUAAGCACUGUUCUUGUGUAUGACAAUUUCAACUUUAAAGAUACUCGACGGGAUGAAAUACUUGGCCAUACAGCUACUAUGCGUGCAAUGACCACGGCUGCAAUCGUUAUUUGUCCAUCUAUACCACACACUGGAUUACAACAGUCAAUGCACAAUCCGGCGAAGCCACUUUCAAUACAUGAUGUCUUUCAAUCACCAGGUAUUUCAGGCGAUGGCACUGACAUUACCCUGCGGAUUCGCCGGUUCCUGAUAUACCAGGCAAUCAAAUCUGUCCACUCAAACGCAUUGGCAGUAUCUUUUGCUAACGAUAGUCCUCCUACCAUGCCAAUACUAGAUGUAUUGCCAGCCACAAAGACAAGCUAUCGUCAGUUCGGUGCUACAUUUGAAGAUGAAGGAACAGUUGAUGGUACAUAUAAGGUACAUGAAAGCUUAUUGCUCAGACAGCUGCAGCGAGGUAUAACUACAGAUGAUGACAUCACUUUGUCUGAUGAGUUUGCCACUCGAUUAUGGCUUAUUCAUGGAGACCAACUUACAUCACAGCGGAUACGUUCGGUCAAAUUGGAACAGUCAGAGGCUGAACGGCAUUUUGAUCGUCGCAGAUGGUUACUGGGUGUGCCUGCGUGGUUUCAUAUCCAGAUGAACUUACUUCAAACAAUUGUACGUACGCAUUGGGGUACAGGAUCAGAUACGUCUUUACCAUCACAUUGCCUGGCUAGAGAUCUACUUAUCUGGGGUCGCAGUUAUCGAAGCCGUGAAAGCAUUAAAUAUCAUCAGCUUGAACCGUCUGUCACGCAAAGCUUUAAUGCUCGGAUUCUUGGCCUAUUCUACUCAGCAAUGCUAAGAAGAGGUUAUCUACCAGAUGAUUAUUGGUCAUACUCAAGCGACUUCUUUGAGAAACGUAUUGCACAUCUUCCUCCGGCUAUCCUCCUUGAGGUGAUGGAUGAUAUACAAAAUACUGCUUUUACCCGUCAAGCCUGGUAUGGUACUGAGGAUGGACAGAAUACUGAGUUUCGUAGUAUGUGUCGGUUAUUACAAGAGGUGGAGCUCUUUCUGAUUGUUAGAUAUGCAGUUAAGCAUGGUGAUAUAGGGCUGCUGCGGAGGGUUGUCGAUCCACUAAUCAUUGUGUUCUUUGGUGCUGGGCAGCGUAACUAUGGCCGGGAAAUGAUCUACUAUCGGUGGUUGCUUUCGCCUGCCUGCUCAGACACGCUCCAGCAUGCAAUCCUCGCAUCAGGACUUGUUAACUGGCAAGGUGCAGCUGAUACUUUCAAGGCUAUCGACCUCGGGCUUGAGCACAAUAAUGGUUCAAUUAAGCUGAAUAUCCAGACACAGAAGAACUCAACGCGGGACGUUAAUGUUAUAUUUGAUCGGAUGUGUCUGAAUAAUGCUUAUAUUAACCUGGCUCAGCGAAAGAUAGAACAGGCAUUUGGUAUACAUAUGCCUGAUGAACAUAUCUCAGUAUCGCCUGCUGAGGAUAUUUUCAGUUUAACACAGCUUCUUGGCCAGCAUGGAUGCUUCAGCAAUAUGCAAAUGCCGUUGCAUACAGCAAGAGCGUUUAAUACUGAAGAUAUCUAUACUAUAGGCAUGAGCAUGCUAGCAGAGCAGGUGAAAAAGUUCAAUACAGAGUUUGUACAGACGCGUACUCGGAUGUUCGGAGACUACACGCUACCAGAGGAUCUGGAGCUUAUACCUGCUGUUGAUAUUGAGGACUAUGUUAGUUCAUAUCAGGAUGAGGAAUAGGCUAGUCAG